AUGAAAUUUGGAGUUUUGGAAAUUUUGUUUCUUUCGUUGUUGCUGAGAUGUGAGGGGACGAAUAUUUCAUGUCAUCAUUUUGCUAUUUCAUAUCCUAACAGUUCUGGAGAAAUUACUGAAAACUACGAUGACAAAGAGCGCACAAAUUGUUACCAAUGCUCUCGUAGAAUCCGCAAUUUUCGUACAGUUUCUGGCGAGGAACACGGAAAAAGUCAUCGAAACAAAAACUGUACGUCUGAAAGAUGUCACGUUUACAUGGUUUUGUACGAUUGCGUCGACACAAAGCCUCUUGGUGUGAAUACGAGCGAAUACGAUUAUCAGCGAGGAGAGCCGGAAGAAUAUUGCGACAGUGGAGAUUAUUGCUCGGAAAGAAUGGAAAAGGCGCCGAUUUUCAAGCACAUGGAGAUCUACCAAGAAAAAUUAAAUCGCAGAUAUCUUAUUCUAUGUAUCUCGAUAUUGUUUGUAGGCCUCAUCUUCUUGGUUGUGCGGAAUAAGAGAAUAAACGCAAAGAAGAAAAAACUGCUGGAAAACAAGGAAGAGGAACAAAUCGCAUUACACGAUAAAUGCCAACUGGAAAAAGAAGCUGAAGAUAAAUCGAUUGAUCUCUCGGGCUCUGGUGCUGAAAUAAGCAUUGAUUUCACCGAUGACUCCCUUCCUUUUCUAUCAGGAUCUGGAGGGGGAAUGCCAGCUUUAGGGAAAGAAACAAUAGCCCAGCAAAUAAAAGGGCUUGAAGAAAUAGGAAAUGGGUCCGGACUUCAUGGCUCAGUCUACCGCGCGCUUUGGCAUGGAGAAUUCAUUGCAGUCAAAAAGUUUCAAUCUUGGGAUGACGAAAGCUGGAGACACGAGUUGGAGAUUUUCAGGACUCAGAUGAUUUCUCAUCGGAACAUCUUGCGAGUCAUCGCUGCCGCUUCCAGAGAUAACGGGACAGCGACUGAAAGAUGGCUCGUCACUGAAUUUCAUCCGCAUGGAUCGCUCUAUGAUUAUUUGAGGACGCAUAAUCGAAGUUUGAAGCCGCCCCAAUGUUUCAAGCUCUUGAAUUCCUUGAUGUGCGCCAUCGAGCACCUUCACCGAACGAUUCACACUCAAAAGCAAAUCAAUGGAGAAAUGAAGACAAUCAGCAAAAUUGCCAUUGUCCAUCGAGACAUCAAAUCUAGAAAUAUUCUCGUCUCAAACGGCGGAGAAUGCAUUCUUGCCGACUUCGGUCUGUCUCUUCGACUGGAUCAGUGGGAAGUGGACGAAAAAGACAAGCCUGACAACUUCUUCAGUAAAAAGAUUGGAACGACAAGGUACAUGGCUCCAGAAGUUCUGGGAGACACACUCGCUAGAGAUUCGUUCGAGAAUUACAAAAAGGCUGACAUGUACUCGAUUGCUCUGGUAAUUUGGGAAAUUCUCAGUCGUACACUUUUAAAGGGAAUGGUCACUGAUGACUUGUGCCCAUACAACCAGCCAUACACACGUGAGCUUGGAAAUCUGCCCGAUCCCUCAAUUCCUCAAAUGACAGACGUCGUCGUCCACCGCCGACAGCGGCCUAUUAUUCCUCAUGAAAUCGUUCGAGACCCGAUUUUCAAGAAAGUGGCAAAACUGACAAUGGAAUGCUGGGAUCCAAAACCAACAAAUCGUCAUUCUGCUUUACGGAUGCUCAAAUCUCUAAGAGAGAUCGAAAAAUUGUACAAAGAAGAGAAUUUCAAUGAAAAAUGA